GUUGUGAUUGGCUGCUAUCGCUUAACGUCACCUCCGCCGUGACGCUAUGCACCCAUUCACAAAAAAAAGGGAAAGAAGAGAAACAAUCCAGAGGAGCAACACUCGGUGAGGGAGAGGGAGACAGAGAGAGGUGACCGGACUGAGCAUGAGGAGUAGUGCGGUUACGAUGCGCGGAUAGAGGACAGGGCUGCACACGGUAUCCACCGCAGGACCCGAAGUUUGGAGGGCGGUGGGGGGGGCGCAGCCACAAAGAGAGAGACAGACAGCCGACAGUAAGACACACACACAGCCUGAAACGACGUACGAUGGAGGACCUGGGCGAGAUGGACUGCCCGGUGGUGAAGCGCUUCUUAAAGGACGACAGCGCCAAGUGCCUGCUGCUGGACUGCCGCUCCUUCCUCGCCUUCAACGCGGGCCACAUCCGCGGCGCCGUCAACGCCCGCUGCAACACUAUCGUCCGCCGGAGGGCCAAGGGCUCUGUGCUCAGCCUGGACCAGAUACUGGCCGGGGACGAGGAGGUGCGCGGCCGCCUCCGCUCCGGGAUGUACUCCGCCGUGGUGCUGUACGACGAGAGGACGCCGGACUCGGAGACGGUGAAGGAGGACAGCACUCUGACUCUGGUGCUCAACGCGGUGUGCAGGGACUCCUCCGGCUCCCAGAUAUACCUGCUCAAAGGUGGAUACGACAGGUUUUUCUCAGAGUACCCAGAGUUUUGUAUAAAGACCAAAUCCUUACCGACCCUCACCAGCCAGUCCAGCAUCGACUCUGCCUGCUCGUCAUGUGGGACGCCACACCACGACCAGGGCGGCCCAGUCGAGAUCCUCCCAUUCCUCUACCUUGGCAGCGCCCUCCACGCCUCAAAGAAAGAGGUUCUGGACGCCAUAGGAAUUUCCGCCUUGCUGAACGUGUCUGCCGACUGUCCCAACCACUUUGAGGGGGCGUACCAGUACAAAUGUAUUCCCGUGGAGGACAACCAUAAAGAAGACAUCAGCUCCUGGUUCCUGGAGGCUAUUGAGUUCAUAGAUUCAGUACGGGACUCCAGUGGACGAGUGCUAGUCCACUGUCAAGCAGGCAUCUCCCGCUCCGCCACCAUCUGCCUGGCCUACCUGAUGAAGAGGAAGCGUGUGCGCUUGGACGAAGCUUUUGAGUUCGUACGCCGCCGUCGCAGCAUCAUCUCCCCCAACUUUAGCUUCAUGGGCCAGCUGCUGCAGUUUGAGUCGCAGCUCCUCGCCACUUCGUGCGCCGCCGAAGCGGUCGCCACCGCGAGCCCGCUGCUCGGACCCAAGUCCUCGACAGCCUCCACGGCGACGACGACCACGCCCACCUCUCCGUUCAUCUUCAACUUCCCAGUUUCAGUGGUGAACCCCGCCUACCUGCACCACAGCCCACUCACGACCUCCCCCGGCUGCUGAUGGACAGCCAAUCACAGCCUUCCCCCCAAAUAACUGACUCAGCACAGACUGGGCUGCCAUUGGCUGGAAGAGCUGUCAGUCUCACUGGCCGCUGCAGUAUGUACAUGCUUCCAGGGCGGGGAGGUGAGAAGCGUCACGGUGCCUGAUUCAAAACUGAAAGACUGGGAAAAAAACAAACUUUUUAAAGUUCAGAAACCAGCCAGCGCUCCUUCCAUUUUAAGAUUUCUUCAAUUUGACCAAAAAUGAACUGGCUUUCAAAACUUGUUUCAGCAGACGAGUUCGGACGAAGUGUUGGACUGACGUUUACUGAAGAUACACCCUUUUCCUUUAAAAACAACAACAUCAUGCACAGGGGCACACUGACACACAAACUCUGACACAGAGAGGCAUGAGCGGCAGCAAACUCUCUCUCUGCCUCACACACACACACACACAUUCAUGACUACCAACUGAAUAAGCUCAGUAUGAAGACAGGGUCUGUUGCUAUGGAGACAACAGGUCUUUAGGAGAGGAGAUGGACACAGGAAGGAAGGAGGAAUUUUAAGCACCCGCUCUUUCCCCUUUGGGUGUCCCUCCUGUUGCCAGACAAAAGAGAUGGAUGGAAAAAAGAGGGGAGGAGACGGUGAUAGAAAGCAGGAGCCUCUUCAGUGACAGGUGCUCUGACCGGAGCUUCCUGUCUUUCAUACGUCCUCUUCCUCUCUGUGUCUCUUCCUCCCCCACACACACCUUCCUCUCCUCUCAUCUCCUUUUCAUCCUUUUUAUAUUCCUUCCCUCCUCCUCCUCCUCCUCCUCCUCCUCCUCCUUCUCUCAUCUCUUCCUCUCAUUUUCACCCCGUACGCCCCUUCUCCUCUGCUCCUCAUCUCCUCACUGAAGAGGCUAAAUAAAUAAAAUCACAUGCCAAAUAAAGGCCAGGGCCCUUUUUAAAUGGACUGGGAAACCCCACUGCAGGCCCCUGAUACACACCGUAGGAAGCCCCGUUUGCUACAUCACAAAAAAGUUGGGUUUUUUUGGAUGAAAGGGCUGAAAGAAAAAAAGCUGUGAGGGAAUGAUGUCAUCACAAAAAUUAGGUUUUGCUAAUUUGGGGCAAACGUUGGAGCACGGGCUCUGGAAGACAGCCACUUAAAGGACCAUUCUGAUGGUUUUGUACAUUUCAACACAUUAUAAAGAAUUUUUUUUUACUGUUAACCAUUCUCCACAACACACAUACCUUUUAAUCAGUUGCUUUUCUUUUCUGCAAAUUUAUUUUCACAGCAAACAAACUCAAAAUAUUAGCUCCUACAGGAUGCUUUGGAAAUUUGGGCUAAAAUGUGCAUCACCAGCGAAUGGUUGUUUAAGAUGUUUGUGCCUUGUUCACAAAGGUAUCCCAUGGAUUUAGGUGUGCUGCUAGAAAGCCGAUUGCUGAAUGUUAGACUUUAAAAAAAAAAAAAUCAGCAUUUCAGCCGUGCAGUGCAGACUUUUUUUUCACAAUGUCAAAAAAAGCAAAAGCUUCUCUCUUCAUCUCUCACACCCACAGAUGCACACAAACACAAAACACACCCUACUAAAGUGAGUCCAUGUUAGACGUUACACUGACAGUCGAUUUGCAAGAUGACAAAACGUACAAAUAUAUAUGUUUAAAGCAGUGUCAGAACAGAUUUCCCCAAGCUAUGAAGACAAACUUCCUAAACCACAAAUAUACACUAAUGAGAAGUAGUGAUGGCCUCAUGAAGCCUCAUGAAGCAUUUUCUUUUUUUUCUUGGUUUUAAGAGAGAGUGUCAAAGAAUGGCAAUUCAGUGUGUUUUAAAUCUUUUGUUGAACAAAAAGCGCCAUCUAGUGGGCUCAGAAAAUAAAGAAAGUGCUUCAUGAGGCUUCAUCUGGCCAUCACUAAUGAGAAGUGGACAAAAAUUGUGCUUUGACGAUUUUUUUUAAUUUUCUGGCAUAUAUAUAUUCUUGUCACUAGAUUUUCAAAGCGGGUACAUUCAAACAUCGGUGUUGUACACUCUGCCUACCAAACAUCAGGGACCCUCAGUGUUGCUCCUCGUGAAGGAAAUCCAGGUUAAAAUCAAACACAAUUAUUUAUUGAUUUCACUUUUUUAAAUCCAUGCUGAAAAUAAGGAAUGAUGGAGAAAAAGAGAAGAUAGCUUUGAGCUUUGAGACCACAACCCAAUAACAGGAAGUUGUCUUUCUAAUUCAGCUGUUUUUAAAGAUUGUCCACAGCUCUUUCUGACGUCAUGCAAUACCGUACUUACAAUCUGCUCAAGGAAAACAACAGCAGUGACUUUUUAAGGCAUCACACUCAAACACCCCAAACAUCAUGUCAACUCUUCGUAAUGUCACAAUUUGAGACAAUGUUUGUAUCGCUUCUGCUUUUGACCGGGCUAAGCUUUACACUCUGUGCUAGACAUCCAAAGGCACAAAGUCCAAACCAUGGUUGCUUUUAUAUCCGGGUCGUGACGUCCGCACGACAGAUACACAAGCACACGCAGACACGUACACACACACACACACACACAUACAGGGUUUCAAAGAAAACAAACCUUUUCUGUUUUUUGAAGAUUGUCGGCACCUAUCUCUGUAGCACUUUGAAGUGAUGCAAUACUGUAUUUAUAAUUUAUGAUUGAUUUGCACAUCAUGGUGAUGGUAGACUGACUAGACUUUGCAUAAAAGACAUUUUGUCCACGUAGAGAGAGACAGAGAGAGACGGAGUGGGAGAGAAAAGAGAGCCAAUCAGUGAAAAACGCAAUACUUUGUACACAUCUGUGUGGUAAUUGUCUGUCCGUCUGUCUGUCCGUCAGCCUGUCUGCCUCUCUGUUAGUCCAUCUGUCUAGACUGUCUCUUUGUCUGGUCAAUGCUGUUUACCCAUCAUGGCAAUAUCAAUCCUCCACUGGGACAUUUAUAUA